CUGUUCAAUUUAAAGUACAAUAUUAAUAACAAAAAUACAAACUGGAAGGAAAGGAAAAGGAAAGAGAGGGAAAAUGGGUGAAAAUUAGAGAAGAAGAAGGGGGAAAACGACAAAAAGAGUGAGUGAGGAAGAGAACUCUAUAAGAUUCCAACUUUUGUUCACCGAUUUUCUCAAUGAGAACGGCCUUUGGCUUUUCCUCUAUCCCAACUCUUCCCCCUCUGCCCAUCUCCUACUUAUAUCACUCCCUCCUUUCCCCUCUGCUCUGCUAAGCAUUUCAUCGAACACUUUUCCCCCUGUGUCUCCUCUCGACUCUCAACUCUCAGCCUUCCCCUGUUUCUCCUCUCCCCUGUUCUCUCAACAGCAGUGAAGUUAAUGCAAUGGCAGUUGACACGGUGAAAUCAGUUCUUUCUAAGCCCAACGGUUGUAACAAAGACGAACAGACAGCCCAGAAGGCUGGAGCUAAUCCACUGGUGUUCGAUGCCAAGUUCCUGAGGCACGAAUCCAACAUUCCCCAGCAAUUCAUCUGGCCUGACAACGACAAGCCGAGAGGCAAUGCCCCGGAGCUUAAAGUCCCAAUAAUCGACUUGGGCGGGUUCCUUUCCGGCGACCCUGUCGCCACAAACGAAGCCGCGAAACUCGUCGGCGACGCCUGCCGGAAGCACGGGUUCUUCCUGGUAGCUAAUCACGGCGUGGAAAGCAAGCUGCUUUCCGAUGCCCAUAAGUACAUGGACGAUUUUUUCGAGCUCCCGCUCUCUGAGAAGCAGAAGGCGCAGAGGAAGCUCGGAGAGAGCGCCGGUUACGCCAGUAGCUUCACGGGGAGGUUUUCCUCCAAGCUUCCAUGGAAAGAAACGCUCUCCUUUCGGUUUACCGCCGAAAAGGAGUCGGCUGAAAUUGUUCGGGACUAUCUCCUCGACAGAAUGGGCCAAGAUUUCUCGGAAUUCGGGAAUGUGUACCAGAACUACUGCGAAUCGAUGAGCACGCUUUCCCUAAGGAUCAUGGAGCUUCUGGGAUUGAGCCUGGGAGUGAAGAAGAGAUCGCAUUUCAGAGAAUUCUUCCAAGAGAACGACUCGAUAAUGAGGCUGAACUAUUACCCACCCUGCCAAAAACCUGACGCCACAUUAGGAACAGGGCCUCAUUGCGAUCCGACGUCGUUGACAAUCCUCCACCAGGACCAAGUGGGUGGGCUUCAAGUGUUUGUGGACAACGAGUGGCGCUCCAUCACCCCCAAUUCCAAUGCCUUUGUCGUCAACAUUGGCGACACCUUCAUGGCGCUGUCGAACGGGCAAUUCAAGAGCUGCUUGCACAGAGCGGUGGUGAACAGCACGACGGCGAGGAAGUCCCUGGCCUUCUUUUUGUGCCCAAAGAGCGACAAGAUCGUGACGCCGCCGGAGGAAUUGGUGGACGAGAACAAUCCCAGGGUGUACCCGGAUUUCACAUGGCCAACCUUGCUGGAGUUCACCCAAAAGCAUUACAGAGCCGACAUGAAUACCCUCGACGCCUUCAGAAAUUGGCUUCUUCUUCAGCAGCAGCAACCGGCGGCGGUGUGACUGACCUGUGAAUUGCCAACAUUGAGGGAAGAAGUGAAGGAAAGGGAGGCUGCCACCGAAAAAAGAACGUUAAUUAGUUUAAGAUUAGAAGGAAAAGGCCACCAAAAAAAAAAAGGAGCAAGAAGGGACAAAUUUAGUACAGGUGUAGGGGGUAAUCAGUAAAGAAAAAAGGCCAGUUCUUAUGUUAAUAUGGUCUGUGACUUAGCAUUUUGAUCGUGGAAAAUAAAGGGGGUAGAAGGGAACACAGAGAAAUAAAUAAGUACUUGGGCAGAUAAUUUUUUGUACUUCAAUUUUUGUUUCUCUUUUGUUAAAUUCGUCAUAAUACAGAAGAAAAAAAAAAGAUUAUCAGUAUUUUCGAAACUUGCUUCUUUUCAUCCAACUCCCUUUGAAAUAUGAUGUUAAACAUGCUCCGGUCGUACUUAGAAGUUAUAAUAAGUAGUCAUGUACUAUUACAAUGAGUCAAAUGAGUAUCACCCGAAGAUAAGAGACUAAUCAUUGUUGACUAGGACAAUUACAUUUGUCAUAGAAGCUUUCCGAUCCCCCGUUGCAUAAUCUCUCCGAAUUGCAUUUGUUGACUAACACAAUUACAUUUUGCAACAAGUGUGAUUCGGUUGAGGCUUCUCAAAUCUCGUGUGCAUAAUCUCUCUUAAUAAUUGCAUAAUACAGGUGUUCUAACUCGUAUUUGUGGAUCCUAUUCCAAAUUGUUUGUUAAUUUUUACGAUGAUUCGUGAGAAUUUUCUAAACGGGUGGUAGAUAUUUGGGUCUUGAGAGGAAAUAAAGAAAGAAAACUGUUACCCUGUUUUUGUUGUUUCUUUGGGAUGGUGUUCAGAACACAAUAUAAUAAUGAGUAAAAAGGAAGUCUGGGGGGGAUCAGACAAAUGGCUUUCUUUUGGCCACUAACUUUGUUCCUAAAUGGGAAAUAACCCCCACUAAAUGGUAAAACCAGUAGUUGUUGGGAAGCAAAAGAAACUGCCCCUUAAUUCCACUAUUAUGUGACCCAUCCAAAAACCCACUAUUUCUAUUUUCUAGUGCAUCGAUUCACUCGUAAUACCAUGUGAAUUCUGUGUUAGACUUUACCGAUCAGGGUGUAUGUAUGAUAGUCCGAAAUGGGAAGACUAACAUUAUGAUAAAGUUUUGAACUAACUUUACAUUGUGAAAAGAAUAUUUCCAUUUACAGUUGAAUUACAAGAAAUUUCUGCCGAAGAUAAAAAUAUCAUCAUUUUAGAUUCCAGAAUAAAUAACGGUAAACAAACUUUGAAGUUUUCCGAAAGAAGAAGUGGUUGAUUCACUGGUAAUACCAUGUGACUUCGGUGUUAGACUUUACGGACCAGGGUGUAUGUAUAAUAGUUUGAAACAUUGUGAUAAAGUUUUGAAAUAAAUUCACAUCGUGAAAAGAAUAUUUCGACCUUACACAAAUCUUUAAGUUACAAGAAAUAUCUUCCGGUGAUAAAAAUAUCAAGUUAGUUUGAUCAUAUGUUACACCAUCCACCCUUCACAUAUAUUUAUUGAGGUUCAAUCAAUAAACUGUUUUAUGAAAGAUUGUCAUUACCCAUAUGAAAGUUUGUCAUUAUCGAUGAAAAUGCAAAGAUCAUUAAAUCUAAAGGUAUGUGUCCCUUCAUGAAAUUUAGAAUAUUUAAUUUGGUCGGUCUAGUCCCAAACUGGUUUAACCCAAUUAGUCUAAUUCAACCAAAUUUUCAACAUUUUAUUUCAACUUGUGUUGAGUCCUAGUGAAAGUCUUAUUUUGUUCUUUCUUUUUAGAUAUUUUCAUGACAAAGUUAGAAAUCUUAAUUGGGGAGCUACAAAAUCCUUUCUUAAGAGAUUUGAAACAAAGGUCAUUGAGGAGGGCUUAGAGUCUUACCAUCCAGUCCAAUCUCAUAAUUUAUAACAAAUUUUAGAUUUAUCA